AUGAGCAACAACUCCGAUACCGCCUACCCCGACUUCUUCCGGCGCCGGACCCUCGGGCGCGCACCGUCGCCCCCCACAUGGGCGUGCUAUGAACAGAUCCCGUAUGACGACGAUUACAGCGACAGCGAAUCGGACAACAACUCGUGCUCCGAGGACGAAGAGGACUAUGAGCAUGCCGCGUCGGACGGGGAACGGCCCGGUGCUGUCAACGAGUCUCGCCCGCCACCCGCCGACGGAGACAUGGAGCUCGACGAGGGCGACGAGCCAAUGCCCUCGGACAAGGUGGCGGAGCUGAAGAAGGACAUCAAGGGCAAACAACGCGCCAUUGAGUCGCACUAUGAGAGUCCGAAGCGAGAGCACAGAAAGAAGCACCGCCAGCCGGUCUUCACUCUGCGGCCCAUUCUCACUAUCCAGAAGAGCCAGGGCUUUGUGUGGAAUCAGGACCUCUUCGUCCCGCCAUACAUCAAAGACCGAUAUGUCGCUUCAACCUCCCCCUCGAACUCUCGCGGAUUCGUCUCGUCGUCCGUGUCGUCCACGAACUCGUCCAUGAUGGACUACGAGGUCGAGGUGGUAGAGAUCCGGGUCAGGGAGGGGGAGUUGAAUGACAUCAUCCCUUGA